AGCUGCUGUGUCUUCCUCCUCUGACGUAAUGCCCACAGCGUACAGAGAGACAGGCAGAGGUCCUGUCACAGCAAAGCGAUAACACUAGUCUGAACAAAAAAAACAACAAAAAAAACAGAUAACGAGCUGCUCCGCUUUGGUUUGCUGUGGCCAGUAAAUCCGGGCUCUGAGCGGCUAAAAUAACAAACUAUCACAUCGGAAUAUUAUACCAGAGACAAUCUCACUAAUCAGUCGGUAUCAGCCUAGUUUAACGUGCUAUUUGCCGCGAAGCCUUAACUAUCUCUCUCUCUCUCUCAGACCAAAGAAAAAGAGAGAGAGAGAGACAGCCAAGACACUGUCACCCCGUCCGACAUCAUCAACAAACAAAAAAAAACCCACAAAGAGACGAACCAGCCAGCCAAGCAGCCAGCACAGCCAGCCACCAUCUUAACAGGCUGCUGAAAGAGACACACACUGAGAGAAAAAGAGGCUAAUGCUUAUUUUUGAUCAACAGGUUGUGAAAGCGAUGGUUGACUCUGACAACCGUGACUGAGGAUCUAAACUAGAACCGAAAAAUAAAUAAAAGAGCGGAAAGCAAGAAGGGGUCGCUUGCACGAUACGUGUUACGCGGAUCUACAACACACUUGAUCAAACUCAAAGCUGAGUUGCCCAGCUGUUGAGCAUAAAAAGGAGCAGCAGCAGCCCUGGACCAAAGGUCGCCGAUGCUACGCGGAGUUUCAAGACCUUAAACAAAAAGUCAAAGAAGCUGAGAAAGUUUUUGCUCCGACGUUCACGGACCUGUGUGGAGUUACGUGCACCUGAUAAAGAAAUGGAGGGAUAUUAGUUUGGGCCUGACGCCUGGUUUCUGCUUCCCAUUAUCGCGUGGAGUACAGAGGGCCGGUAGCCCAACUGUUGGCUGCUGCUGCUGCUGGACGGACCGGGCUCGGCGCUGGGUCCAGUCAGACCGCUACAAACAGAGCUGAUGCCAAGGCCAGGAGUCAGCCAUGAUGUUUUUAUAACCUGAUGAUCAGCAGAGAGAUGGUGAGGAAGAAGAAUCCCCCUAUCCGGAGUGUGGGAGGUGAGCAGGAGGAGGAGGAAGAAGAGGGGAGGAGGCCAGCGGGAGAAGAGGAAGAGGAGGGAGAGGAGGAGGGGAGAGUGGGCGCAGAGGCCGAGCGAAUAAACCGACCCUCUGAACCGGAGUCCUCCGACCGGAUCAGGGGAGAUGGGGAGCAGGAAGAGGAGGAGGAGGAGGAGGAGGAGGAGGAGGGAGAGAGCGAGUGCGUAUCCUCAUCUGUCUCCCCCUCGUCUGUUGGUGAGCGCUACAGCAACGAGGAGAGACGGGGGAGGAGGGGGAGAGGGGGGAGAGCCAGCCAAGGGGGAGCGGCGUUGACUGACAGACUCGAGAGCCAGUCGGAGCCCGAGGACGGGGAGAAGGGGUUAGAGGAAGGAGAGAGGAGGGAACGGGGCAGAGGGGAGGCAGAUCACCUCUCUGCUCCCCACCUCCUCCCCCGACAGGAAGGAGGGGAGGAGUCGGCGACCGACACCCCUCCGCUGUCCUCCAGCCCCUCUCCCAAACUCCAGGACUUCAAGUGCAACGUGUGCGGCUACGGCUACUACGGCAACGACCCCGCCGACCUGGUGAAGCACUUUAGGAAGUAUCACCUGGGUCUGCACAACCGCACGCGGCAGGACGCCGCCCUCGACACGCACAUCCUGGCCCUCCACAACAUGGCUCCCCAAAACACACCUCUAGAUGUACAGGCGGGACCGGGGCAGAGGAACCAAGCCAAAGAGUCGGGCAAGACUAGACCAGAUAUGCACAUUCAGCAGCACAGGACCGUUAUGAUGAACGGAACAUAUGACGUACAGGUGACGCUGGGUGGCACGCUAAUUGGUAUUGGCCGGAAGACCUCUGAUUGCCAGGGGAAUACCAAGUACUUUCGCUGCAAAUUCUGCAACUUCACCUACAUGGGCAGUAAUUCCCUAGAACUCGAACAACACUUCAUGUCCUCUCAUCCAAAUAAAGUCAAAAGUCCGCCAACCACACCCCUGCUGGCCACCAAUAACCUGGCAAUGCACGACAACCAGGGGAAGGGGGGGGGUCAAAUCCUAGACGGGGCGGAGAGAGUCGCGGUGAGAGCGGAAGACGACUCUUUGGUCGGGUACUCCAUCCCAGUCAGGGCGUCUCCAGACCCGUCAAGCUGGACGGGGGAGACCGGUCGAGAUGCCGUGCAGACGUAUUAUUGGUGUAAAUUCUGUAGCUGGAGCUGUGAGUGGUCGGGGGGCUCGGCAAAGCUUUUAGAGCACUAUGAACAAAGACAUCGAAUGACCACGGGAGGCACUAUGAGCCCCAGCAACUCUACUCCCGGGGGGAUGGACAGAGAGAGGGAGAGAGCAGGGGGACGAGAGGGUGGAGAGAGAGGCCACAUGUCGUCCAAAAGCAGAAAAUCAGAUCUAUCAUCCAACCCAUCCAGCACCAGCCAAGGAGACCCCAACAGCAGUGAUUCAGAAGCAGUCGUGACCAGUUACAACUGUCAGUUGUGUGAUUUCCGAUACUCGAUGGCCCACAGUGCAGACGUGAUCGUAGUAGCACCUUUACUACUGCACUACCAGCACAACCACUCCAUCCACAGAUGCUGCAUUCAGCACUGCAUGUAUUGUCCACAGGGCCUCUGUCAGCCGCACAAGCACCUGGGGGAGGUGUCUCACCCCUUUGCGUGUCGGAAGCCCACCUGCCCGAAAUGCUGUUCCAAGUUCCCUUCGUCCACCAAGCAGCAGCAGCAGCAGCAGGACACCGUCGGAUCGAAACCCGCCACCGGCACCUCGCCCGGCAUGACCCCUCCCAACCCUAGAGGUGACCCCGGUGUGAUUUCGGGAUCAACGUUUAACGCCUCUAACCCUGUCCAUCCCGUUGUCACACAAGGCGUCACCCACUUGUGUGACCAGUGUGCGUUCGCCACCACCGACAUCGACGUGUUGCUCCAGCACUACGAAAGCUGCCACUCCCUGAUUAACCUGAAGGGGGCACCGCCACAUGUCAAGGCUGAGGAAGAGGCUGGGGGAGACAAGGAAGGGGGGAGAGGAGGAGGAGGAGAGAGGGAGUACUCUUGUACAAAGUGUCACUUCAUCACGGAAGUGGAAGAAGAGAUUUUUAGACACUACAGGUAAGAGAGAGAGAGAGAGACAGAUUAGAGAACAUUGAUUACAUACUAUUAAUUGUUGUUAUGAGAUUAUGUGUGAUUCCACGUAAUAGUGUUUUUUCACAGGGUUGACUCUUUGACAUGAAAGGGUAUAAAAACACUUAAAAGCACAUAGGAAGUCUGCUAUUUAGUCAGCACAAAACACAAGUAAAAAGUCACAAGUAAUAUGGAAACAUAAUGUUAAUGUGUUAAAAAAACAAACAUUGAGUUUGUCACCUUUUCUGAAGCAGGUGACUGAAUGUGAAACUUGAUUGCGUGUUAUAUUCAAGUUAGCAUCUUUGACUAAAUGUUCUGGAUGACUGAGUAUACAAAGAAAUUCCUUCCUCAAGUCAGGGAGAUGAUACAGUAUUGCUUGGUGCUGGGAUUCAAGCACCUGUAGUUCUCUUUUUUUUUACACCUGAUUACCCAGAACAUGUUGACUGAGCACACUCAUUUUCAGCAACAAGCCAUUUAAAAAAAAUCAUAUACCUGAGAUGCUCACAGACACCAUUUAGACAUCCACACCUGGAAGCAACUCACACUUCAUUUGAUAUUCACAGAUUUGUCAUCUUUCAGCAUCACAUACCUGAGUAUCACCAUACAGUGAUGAGCUACACUUAAAACAUUUUAAAUUCCGUGGCGCUACACUUGUAAGUUUAGACGCUUUGAGACUAUUUCCCCUUUUUUUGUCCGGAAAAUGUAUUAUCUCAGUUUCUGUUUGCAGUAUUUCAGUCUCUCGAAAUUAUCGCUCAUUUUUGCCCAUUUCAGUCUGGCGUUUAUGACAUUGCCUACUGACAGGGAGAGAAAUCGUGUAUCGCUCAAAUACUGGCAAACAAUAUCAGCACCAGGUCCCAUUACCUGCUGGGUUACCACGGGCUUCAUCUAAUCUUGGAAUCAACUCUGAGACAUGAAGCUGUGAGAAUCUGGUUUUGUUCCUCUAGAAAGGAUUUAAACAAGUGGCCUUCCAUCACUGUCUUUUCAAGCUACCGCUGUCCUGUGACCCUACUGUGCUUUAAGUACACUUUGUAUCCACUUCAACUACAUGGGCCUGCAAAGCAGUACUCCCCCGAUUUAGCAUUGCACUCCGACAUUGACGGAAUACUUUACUCACUGACGGAAACGCGUUUUAAAUAUUACGGUUUUAGCAAAGAUGCAUAUCUUUGGGAAGUAGUGAGCAUCCCACUGGAUAAAUGAGGCUUUGAUUAUACUGCACAGGUUGUAUGUGAGUUUGUCAACAGCUGUUUUGAUAGACUUUUGCUGUUGUUAAACGCAGCCCCUCAUUUACUUCAACUCAUUUAGACUUCUCUCCAUUUUUUGAUUCUUCGUUCUGGUGCAAAACAAAACGUUCUUCAAGAAUUCAAGCUAAGUAAUUGAUAGACUAAUGGUCAUUCUGUAGGUGAAGUAUUCCUUUAAUGGCGGACUUGAGAUGGACAGUGAGAUGGACAGUUAAGAAGGGAAAAAAAAAGGAUCGCUGCAGGAGGAUCAAAAAUGUAUAUUUUCUUUUCCCUCAUAUUUUUUCUUUUUUGAAACAUGCUGCCUUGCAAAUUACCCAUAAUGCUACUUGCCCGGCUACAUUUCAGUCAGAGAUUAGGGUGUGUUUUAUUACUUGCGGCAGAUCUAGCCUCGAGCCGCUGGCCUCGAGCAAAGAUUAGAAGCAGGCAACGAAUUUCAGAUUUUUUGUUUCAUUCUCAAAAUUUGUACUUUUCAGUUUUCCCCAACUGAUGCAAUUAGAUUUCAGGCAGCUCCCUCUGGAGCCACAAAAGGCUUUAUCCAACUUGUUUUACAUAUGCAGUAGUACUCGCCGUGACUCGUAAACAGACUUUGAUCUGUGAAAUCUGUGGUUAUGCUCCAUUUCAGAAUACUACUAGUAUUUUUUUUUUACUGACUAUCCUUCCAAAGAGGAUCAACCUGUCUUUUUCUUCUUUUUUUUGUUUUCAAAGGAUACUAAACAGUAAAAUAUUGUUGUGACAGAAGGAGGAGGAGAUGGUGAGAGAAGGGAUGGAGAUACAGACAGAAAGGAAAGCAAGAAAGAAAGACAAGCCAUUGGAGGAAAAGGGGAGAAAGUGGAGAGAAGAGGGAGAGAGGGUGACAAAGCUAGAGGGAGAAUGAGACAGCCUGGAGGGGAUUUAACAGUCCACUCACGUAAAUAACUAAAUCUAAGCUCUGAAUCUCGGAGCUCAAAUCAAAUAUAACUGAAAUAAAGCCAGAAAGUUUCACACCGCUGCUAAAAUCCACCAAACCUUAAAGGGCAAGUUUUUGAAAAGCAAAAUGCAGGAUUUAAUUACAGGUUGCUCAGGACAAAGGCGUUUGGUGGAGAAAAAGUUACCGGCUGAAACAAACUAAUCAAUCUUCCUUCCAACUUCUACACCCAAACACCCUCGCUGAGGUUUUGACACUUGUGAGGCACAGACACACACCAGCAAGAGCCUGCUGACACGUUACCUUGUGAUAGCUGAGAAUGUGCAUCACACAGUAUCAUUACAACACGAGUAUUUAUUUGGCUAUUUAUGUUGCACUGCUGCAAAAAAACAGACCUUUAGAGAUGUUUUCGUACCAAAAACAGACAUUCGUAUUGCAUUACAUAUGGGAUGCCAGUUCACUGUUCAAAAAUAACUUGAAUACUAUGUGUCCGCGUUGUUACUUUUCAUAAUUUGUUGAAUGUUAGACAGAUGUAGCUGUUGUAAGUCUUCAGGCCAAACCUGGAGUGGAUCAGUACAAACUUCAUUUCGGCCACUGUGUCUUUGUUCAGCAUCUGGAGACGUUUAAGUGCACUUGGUACAAGGUGCCCUUUAGUCACACAAUAAUUGUCACAAAUUUCGACAAUACCUAGACUAGUGUGAUCUGAUCAAGAUGCUGUUU